GGCGGCCGCUCCCAUGGGUGUCGCUGGGCCGCGCCAUGCCUAAGGAGGCGCCGCGAUGGGCCAAGGGGACGAAAGCGAGCGCAUCGUGAUCAACGUGGGCGGCACGCGCCACCAGACGUACCGCUCGACGCUGCGCACGCUGCCCGGCACGCGGCUCGCCUGGCUGGCAGAGCCCGACGCCCACAGCCACUUCGAUUAUGACCCGCGCGCCGACGAGUUCUUUUUCGACCGCCACCCGGGCGUCUUCGCGCACAUCCUGAACUACUACCGCACUGGCAAACUGCACUGCCCUGCCGACGUGUGCGGGCCACUCUACGAGGAGGAGCUGGCCUUCUGGGGCAUCGACGAGACCGACGUGGAGCCCUGCUGCUGGAUGACGUACCGCCAGCACCGCGACGCCGAGGAGGCGCUGGACAGCUUCGGCGGCGCGCCCCUGGACAACAGCGCCGACGACGCGGACGCCGACGGCCCCGGCGACUCAGGCGACGGCGAGGACGAGUUGGAGAUGACCAAGCGCCUGGCACUCAGCGACUCCCCGGACGGCCGGCCCGGCGGCUUCUGGCGCCGCUGGCAGCCGCGCAUCUGGGCGCUCUUCGAGGACCCCUACUCAUCCCGCUACGCGCGGUAUGUGGCCUUUGCCUCCCUCUUCUUCAUCCUGGUCUCCAUCACCACCUUCUGCCUGGAGACCCACGAGCGCUUCAACCCCAUCGUGAACAAGACAGAGAUCGAGAACGUUCGGAACGGCACGCAAGUGCGCUACUACCGGGAAGCGGAGACAGAGGCCUUCCUCACCUACAUCGAGGGCGUCUGCGUGGUCUGGUUCACUUUCGAGUUCCUCAUGCGUGUGGUCUUCUGCCCCAACAAGGUGGAGUUCAUCAAGAACUCGCUCAACAUCAUUGACUUUGUGGCCAUCCUGCCCUUCUACCUGGAGGUGGGCCUGAGCGGCCUGUCCUCUAAGGCGGCCAAGGACGUGCUGGGCUUCCUGCGUGUCGUCCGCUUCGUGCGUAUCCUGCGCAUCUUCAAGCUGACCCGCCACUUUGUGGGCCUGCGCGUCCUGGGCCACACUCUCCGCGCCAGUACCAAUGAGUUCUUACUGCUCAUCAUCUUCCUGGCUCUGGGCGUCCUGAUUUUCGCCACCAUGAUCUACUAUGCUGAGAGGAUAGGGGCGCAGCCCAAUGACCCCAGUGCCAGUGAGCACACCCACUUUAAGAACAUCCCCAUUGGCUUCUGGUGGGCCGUGGUCACCAUGACGACGCUGGGCUACGGAGACAUGUACCCGCAGACGUGGUCCGGCAUGUUGGUGGGAGCGCUGUGUGCGCUGGCGGGUGUGCUGACCAUCGCCAUGCCCGUGCCCGUCAUUGUGAACAAUUUCGGGAUGUAUUACUCCUUAGCCAUGGCUAAGCAGAAACUACCAAAGAAAAAAAAGAAGCAUAUUCCACGGCCACCGCAGCUGGGAUCUCCCAAUUAUUGUAAAUCUGUCGUAAACUCUCCACACCACAGUACUCAGAGUGACACAUGCCCGCUGGCCCAGGAAGAAAUUUUAGAAAUUAACAGAGCAGAUUCCAAACUGAAUGGGGAGGUGGCGAAGGCCGCGCUGGCGAACGAAGACUGCCCCCACAUAGACCAGGCCCUCACUCCCGAUGAGGGCCUGCCCUUUACGCGCUCGGGCACCCGCGAGAGAUACGGACCCUGCUUCCUCUUAUCAACCGGGGAGUACGCGUGCCCACCUGGUGGAGGAGUGAGAAAGGAUCUUUGCAAAGAAAGCCCUGUCAUUGCUAAGUAUAUGCCGACAGAGGCUGUGAGAGUGACUUGACCAGGCGGCUUGGCCCAGGACACUGGUGGCUAUUAAGCAUCUGGGUGGACCUGCAGCCCCUCCUCACCCUCGGACAGAGUAAAUUCACGCCAUGCAGGUUUGCCGGACGAGUCCGAGUGGCCCAGGCCUUGUACUAGGACGGACGUAGCUUUUCUACGGCCAAAUGGUAACUGACUGUAGAGGAUUUGUUUUCCUUCUUUUCAUUUUUUAAAAAUUUUAUUUUAUUCGGGGAAGGGGUGGGAUGGAAGGGUUCCUUAGCAUGACUUGCAUGAAGUUCAACAGAAAAACCCAGCAAUCCAAACCCACCAAUCCCCUGCAACUGUAUGAUUACCCUAAACCACGACAACAACGAAGAGAAACAAGCAAGAGUCCUCUAUUUUCUUUCAAAGCGCUUUCCUUUUAUACAUGUUGUUGGAGCCAAACUGUAAAUGGCAUUUGGUAGAAACCUGUACGUUUUGGGGGGGAAUGGAGCGGGGGGGCGGGGAGGGGUGGGGAUGGGGAACGGAUUGCUUCCCUUUUUGUACACGGGAUUGAAAUGGAGAGUAAAGGUUCCCAAAAGGGCAGUUGGUCAGUCAUCGGUCAUAUUGACCUCCCCUUCAUAGUUCAUCUCUCACGCGGAAACUGAGAACUUUGCUCCAAAUAGAAUUGUGGAAACACACUGCCGCCUUCUUCCCUCUGUUUGGCAUGCUUGCGACCCAGCGGACGUCUCCCCAAGACCCCUGACAGCGGCUAGUCUAGGUUGAUUCGAUCAUCUUAGCGGUGUGUAGAUUCAGUGCGACCAACUUUCAUAACAAAUUGUUCAUAGUAGAUAAUCAACACCUUAUGGAUUUUCCAAGCGUUCCUUCAGAGCACCAAAAAGAUCAGGACCGCGGGAGGGCUGGUCCUCCUCCACCUUGAUUAAGGCACAACCCGGCAUUGUAUGCAAUUUAGUACUUCAGAGUAAAGAACUGCAUGCCCAAUGUUAUGCAAAGCGAUCCUAGCAUGAAAUAAAUUUUGUGUCAUGGUUUCUGUAUAGUCUAAAGCAGAUUUGUUUUCCUGAAGCAAUCGGAGGUUUGCAGAGACACGCUUCUGCAUCUCGAAUAAAUAUAGUAUUUCCCCAACAGAAACAGAGGACAGUAGCUUGGCUUUGGUCUGAUUCUAAAAUUAGUGGUGGGGUAAGGGGUGGGGAAGGAUGAUAUUUUUGAAAAACACAUGCUUGAGAUGAAAAAAAAAAUGCAACAUCUCAAGCUCUCACUGCAGCUCGCAACAUUUCCUGGAAAGAGAGCAAUGCUGCUUUAGUUCAACACCCUCCCCUCCCUGGGCCCUGGCCCUCAAUAAUAAACAGCUGACAUUGGAGAU